AUGGCACCGCCCAAAACAGAUGCAUUUGCCGACCUUUUUCUGUCGGCAACGUCGAAUUCUUCCUCCUCGUCUUUGAACGAAAAACGCAUGCCGAUGCUGCAUCGUCAAAACCGCCAACAAAGUCCAUUAAAUGGGUCCAAUUUACAAGCAUCUUCAGCUUCGGGGUCCCACGAUCACUGGUCAAACUUGGACAUUCUAUCUGGCUCUCAUACCCCUAUCGGGACCAAUAAUGACACCGUGAGCUCGACAAACGACGAUGAUCCAUUUUCAAUAUUUGGUAAACCUGAACCGCCAAAAAUGACCUCUCAAAUUGCUGAACCCACUCCGACCCAUCAGAGCACAACUGGGGCUCCAGAUCAUCUGUCUUUGCUUUUGGAUGAUGAGUUUUCCGAUGCAUUUGUUGAGAAAAAGACCAGUCCCGAGCGUCCCUCGUUUAAGAUCCAACCGUCAAAAUUGUCACCAAAAGUAUCUUCUUCACCAAAUGACUCCGUGCUUGCGCAAUUGGUUGACAUUGGCUUUUCUGUCGAGACAGCUAACGACGCAAUUGCAAGAAAAGGUCCUCAUUUACAAGAGUGCGUGAACUAUAUCAUGAGUGGAGGAAACUCAGAAUCCACUACAAGUCAAACACUGACUCCGAUUCAAAGGCAACAGGCUCAUCAUCCUGAAGAUCUCCAGGCAAAGUUGACGGACCUUUCUACGGAUUUUUUCAACAAGGCAUCGAUAUUCUUCGAUAAAUCAAAGAAAACAGUGAUGAAGAAUCUCGAUCAGUUUCAACAACAGCACAUGGCUCAUCGUGGACAGCUGCUGUCACCAGGAAUGCCUUCUUGGAUGGCAAACCAGGAAAAGUACAAGAAAGAUGCAGUGGAACGCAAGGCAAAUGGUGGCUCUUAUGAAGAUUACGGUUCCGACGAAGAUAAUUUGGAUAAGGAAGCAAUUGAGCAGUUUAUGAGAAAACAACAAGAAAAAGAUAAAGAGAGAAAGGAAAAGAGAUUACAAGGCAUUAGAGCAUAUGCCAUGGAUAAAGUUUCUGGUAGACCAGAGUCUGCUCUGGGUAGAACGUCCCCAGCCAAAAAGCCCGAUAUGCCAAUACGACCCCAACUGCAACCUCCAUCGAGCGAUGACCUUCCUCGACGGCCACCACGCAAGACAAAGCCUGCAACAGUUUCACCACCAGUUUUAGCAAAAAGUCCAGAGGAAGACUUGCUAGGACUCAAUUCUCUGACGAGCAUGACGGCUCCACCACUCAAUGAGUUUCAGCAGACCGAUUUCGACACCAACAAAGAAAAAGCUAGCGCAUCGUUUAGUCAUGGAGACUAUGGUUCGGCGUACCAAAGUUACCUUCGAUGCAUGGAAUCCCUUCCUGAAAAUCAUGAUUAUCGAAUUGUCAUUUACUCCAAUGCUGCCUUGACGUUGGUCAAGUUGGGCAACUACAAAGAAGCCAAGAACCACUGUGACAAUGGUAUAAAACUUCUUAAUGUCAGAGGAAUAGAUAAUGGAUGGACUAUCAUGGAUAAGAGUGCUAAACACUGGUAUACCAAAUUGCUUAUGAGAAAAGCCGAAAGUUUGGAAAUGUUGGAGGUGUUUCCAGAAGCAUUGGAAUGUUAUAUGGAGUUGGUGAGCCGGCUCGGUGUCAGUGACAAGAAGGUGAUGGACGGUAAACGGCGGGUGAAUGAAAUUGUGAACCCAAAGCCAAAGCCGAAGCCAGCACCAAAGCCAAUGCCAAAGCAGAAUGUACCAAAAAGUACACCAAAAGCAGAGACAGCCUCCUCCAACCUCAGCAGGAUCCAAAAGCAAAAUGCCGAGACUAAGGCUCGCGAAGAGGAAAUGUUCAAACUUCACGACAAAGUUCAUGAGCAAUUGCAAGCAUGGAGCAAUGGAAAGGAAGAUAAUAUUCGGACUCUUUUAACAACUCUUCCAGAUAUAAUUCCAGAACGGCUUGGGUUUCCUUUUGUAACCGAUAAGAAGAUUGGACUAGGCGACUUGAUGUUACCCAAGAAAGUGAAGAUCAACUACAUGAAAGUGAUCAGUGCAAUACACCCCGAUAAGCUUUCGAACUUACAACUACAGGACAAGAUGAUAUGCCAGGGAGUGUUUGUGGUGUUAAACAAGGCGUGGGAUGCUUUUAAGCAGCAAAAUAAUAUGGCGUAA